GCUGUUCCACUCGCAGAACCGCUCAGGAGGAGGCGGCGGCGGCGGGGUAAAGCGCAGAAACCCCUUCGCACACAUUGAAAACACGUACAGCCCGAGUAAAAAGUUGAUCAUUUAUAACGAGGAAGAGGGAAAUGUGGAGGCAAAGGGGAAAAAAGAACCGGGACAGCUGUCAACAAAGAAGACCGAAGCUGCUUCCCUUUGCUGCGAGACUUCUGGAGGCGGAAAACAAAGAAAGACAACCGCUUUCCAGCAAGAAAUCCCUCGACUUUUCUGGAGAUGACUCCCUGUUUGAUGAAGACGAGGAAGAUCUUAAAAGUCCACUCCUGAAGAGUCCUCCUGCCAUCGCCCCGGCCUCCAUAGCGCCCCCUGUGUGCACGGAGUAUCCUGCAGACUGGAGCCUGAAGACCAGAGUCCUGUUCACGUCUCCUCUGUCUCUGAACUGGGCCGAAAAACCCAAAGCUCAAGAAGAAGCAGCAGGACUGAGCCAACACUGCAGAGCUCAGUACAACACUCUGCCACACAGUAUACAGGACGCCAAGUCGUGCUCGGAGCUGCGCAGCUCAUUCCAACAGAGCCUCGUUUACUGGCAGCACCCGUCCCUGCCCUGGCUCUCGCUCUUCCCCCGGAUCAACGCCGAGAGGAGCUUCACCGGCAAGAGCGCCCCCUGGUCUCAAGACGGCGCACUGCAGCAGAGCCUCAUGAGCGAAUGGUCUGUGAGCCUGUCGUCCCUGUACAGUUUACUCAAAGCCAAACUCUGCCCGUAUUUCUACCUCUGCUCCUAUCAGUUCACAGUUCUGUUCAAAGCGGCCGGCCUCACCGGAUCCAGCAGCAUCACGGCUCUGAUUUCUCCCACGACCAGAGGACUUCGAGAGGCCAUGAAGGCUGAGGGGAUAGAGUUCAGUCUCCCCCUGGUGGAGGAGCUGAGGAAGAGCAGGGACCUGGACAUCGACAAUGAACUGGACUGUGGCAAAGAGAAAGACGACGAUUGUUGUGGAGGUAAAGAGGAGGAUGACGAAGAAGAAGAGAAGGAGCGGACGGAGAGGAAGAGCGAUGAACACGAUGAGGACCUGUCGUGGCUGAAGGAGAUGGGCGUCCAGGACAAGAUCAAGAAACCAGACUCCAUCUCCAUUCAGCUGCGUAAAGACGGCCAGACGGUCUCUCUGGAUCACAAACCCGAGUCCGUGGUCCUGGUGGAGGGUCCCGACACGUUCACGCUCAUCAACUUCCUCAUUAACUGUAAGAGCCUGGUGGCCUCCGCGGGGUCCCAGGCCGGUCUGCCCCCGACGCUGCUCAGCCCCGUGGCCUUCAGAGGAGCCGCUCUGCACACGCUCAAGGCGAGAAGCGUAAACGUGAAGAGCCAGGUGGGGAUGGGCUACCAGAACAUCAGCAGUCUGGAGGUCACAGGUCCGAUCCUGCCCUCCGCUCUUCACUCCAUCACGACUCUGCUCCGUCCGGCUCAAAAGGGAAACUUCUCUGCGUCUCUGUACACACACGCCCCGACCGCCGUCAUGAACGUCAACAAGAACAAGACACAGUCGUCCUCUUCUUCCGUGGACCUUUCCUCUUGUGGUCUCCUCUCAGCUUCAGUCCAACAGCUCCAGACUCCGUCCACUCUGGGCAAAACGGCUCUGAACCACCUCAACAUGAACAACUACAGCUACACGUGGAAGAACUGACACCACGAACGUCGACUUUUUAAUUUUAACACAUUCAAACGCAGCUGAAACCUUUUGAUUUUAUACUUGAAUAUUUUAAACUAGGGCUGCAAGAAAGGCUGCAAUGAUUUCCUUCACAAACCAAAUCUCCAGCAUCUUGUAUUGUUUUGUUUUUUUUUCAUAAAUUCUUCUGAACUUUUAUCGUUAAAACAGAAAUCGCAAAAAAUACUCACAAUCACAAACGCUUCCACAAUCGCGCAGCCCUAUUUUAAAACUGAUUUUAACUCAUUGCACUACAAUAUAUCUACUUGAAAAUCUAAAAAAAAAUAUGUUUAAAGGUGCAUUGCGUAACUUUUCCCGCAAGUUCCGCCGCUUGUUGUGCCUGGAAAGUUCCGCAGUAAGGCUUUAUUCUAGUAUAUCUCUUGCAUUUAUCCCAUUAGUAGUUUAUUUAUUUUUUUGGCCAGAAAUGCCUCGGAACGCACGUCACUCUUACCGUGUGCGUUUAGUCUCCGUGGAGAUCUGAAAGUGUAAUGCUGUGUUAUGAAAAGUUCCGCAGUAUGGCAUUACAUUUGUCUUGCAUUUAUUCCAUUAUAGUUUUAAAUUGCCAAAAAAAAUACGUAGAAAUAAUUAAUUUUUACUGCGUGUGUCUUGGCUCCUUGGAGAUUUGUUUAAGUUUAACGCCGAACUGUGGACCACGGAGACGAGCUUGACGACCGGAAAAGUUACACAGUGCAUCUUUAAGUUUAUUUUAAUUGCCUUUUUUGAUGAAUUUUGUGUUGGUUUAAUUUUCUUUUCUCUAUUGCAUGUAAUCUUAACUUUGAUUUUUAAAUGUUGUCUUUUAUUUUGAUGAGAAAAAUAACUUCUCAAAGCAAAAAAAAAAAAAAAUCCACUUAUUUUUGUUUUUGUUAAGUCUCUUUCAAAUUACUUACCUAGGUUAUAUUUCUCUUAUGUUUUAAUGAAUUUUAAAUGUCACUUUUUACUAAAUUUUUAAAUCUUUGAAGGGUCCGUAUUACGCUAUUUUCUGAUCUAUGUUAGAAUGAUAAAAAACAAACUUGGAGUUGUGUUUUGUUUCAUUCACACAUGUUUAAUAUUCUAACCCACACUUCUCUCAAUCUGAAAACACUCUGUUCCAACUUGUGAUGUCAUGUGGUGAUACAGGAAGUGCUCCACUGUGUUUUUAAACUCAAAUCAUUGGCAAGUCCAGGGAAAUGAAAUGAUCCAAAUCUCUACUGAACAAAAGGGAAAAAAGGAGCAGAUUUACGUGAAAACUAUGACAUCACAAGGUGGAACAGAGCAUUUUGAGCUUUGGAGAUGUAGACAGACUUUUAGUUUAGUGCUUCUCUUUGGGGAGUUGUCUGU